UAUUUACUUUUGCGGGAUUCUUUGGGUCUAACCUUUAUCUAUGGGUUCGCGAAUUCGCGUGUUGUAGGUUAUGUUCGUAAAGCUGUUUAUUUAUCAAGUGAAAUGAUACAAUUGUAGAAGAUGGAAUUAGCAGCGACUGAUACUCCGAAAUCUAAAGGACCAGCACCUACUGUUGAGCAGAUCAAUGCUGAUAGAAUCACGCAGUUGGCAAACCAGUAUUGGGCGCCGUAUACGAUUGACAAGCACCUACCGUAUGAUGAAAGAAUUGUGGAAGAUAUUUAUGCAACCGAAAUAUAUGGCUCAAAUUUCGCUAUUCGACGCAUCAUGAUGCUGGAGUUCAGCCAGUACUUGGAGAACUACUUGUGGCCGAACUACGUGACGUCCCAGUCGUCGCAUGCCCACAUGAUGUCCAUCGUCAUCAUGAUCAACGAGAAGUUUCGGGAAAGGGUGCCGGCGUGGCAGCCAUUCAAGAAGCUACCAGAGCACUUCCCAGGCUUCUUCCAGCAGAUGCUGGAGGCUUGCCUCCAGGACGAUCCCCGAGUGUCUCUGAGGGAGCAGACAGCCCUGCUGGUGUUCUUGAACCACAGCUUCAACAGCAUGGAGGUGGAGCUGAUACGGGACCAGGUUAAAAGGCUCGUGUCCUUGUCCAUGUGGAUAUCCCUCCAGCCGGGUCGCAGAGAGCAGGAACUCCACGCGGUGCCGAAGUGGCGGAAGUACUGGCGCCUGAUCCAGAAGAAAGAUAACCCUGAGAUGAGGGAGAAACUGUAUUGGGAGCGGAGGUUCCUUCAAAGGCUCAUGAUAAAGUUCAUGAAGCUGCUGGAGAGGAUCCCACUUGAAGGCGAGGUGAGCGAGGACGUGAUCCGCUACUGCGAGCGCUUCCUCGAGCUGGUGAUCGACCUGGAGGCGCUGCUGCCGACGCGCCGGUUCUUCAACACGGUGCUGGACGACUGCCACCUGGUGGUGCGCUGCCACCUGGCGAGCCUGGCGCAGCGCGAAGACGGCAACCUCUUCUCCCAGUUGCUGGACAUGCUGAAGUUCUACUCGAGGUUCGAGAUCAGCGACGAGACGGGCGACCCUCUCACCGACCACGACAUGACGCAGAUCCACUACUCCCUCAUCACGUCCUUGCAGAAAGCAGCAUUUGCAAAGUUUCCUGAUCUGAGGAGCUUCUCUCUGGCAAACGUGGCUAGUGUGGACACUCGGGAUAAUUUACUGAAACAUUUCGGACCUUUAAGCGAGCAGAAGCUGAGAGCCAUAGCCAACUACCUGAACCUGGCACCCCCAGCAGAUAAGGAGGACAUCGAGGAUUGGUUCCGUCUGGACAGAGAGUUCCUUCUGGAGCUGCUGGUGUCGCGGCACGAGCGGCGGGCCUCGCAGCUGGAGGCCCUCAACGAGAUGCCCCUGUACCCCACGGAGGAGAUCAUCUGGAAUGAGAACAUCGUGCCGACGGAGUACUUCUCCGGCGAGGGCUGCCUGGCGCUGCCCAAGCUCAACCUGCAGUUCCUCACCUUGCACGACUACCUGCUGCGCAACUUCAACCUGUUCCGGCUCGAGUCCACCUAUGAGAUUCGCCAAGAUAUAGAGGAUGCAGUUGGGAGGUUAAGCCCAUGGAAAUCGGAAGACGAUAGCAUAUUCUACGGUGGCUGGGCGCGCAUGGCCCAACCCAUCAUCAACUUCGCCGUUGUGGAGGUAGCAAAACCCAACAUAGGGGAGAAGCGGCCGUCGCGAGUCAGAGCCGACGUCACGGUGAACCUGAGCGUGCGGCACGAGAUCAAGGCGGAGUGGGAGAACCUGCGCAAGCACGACGUGUGCUUCCUCAUCACCGUGCGGCCGAUGUGCUCUAUAGGCACCAAAUACAACCACCGGGAGCCGUUCGUGCCCCAGGUGGGGCUGACGUACGUGCGUGGCUGCGAGAUAGAGGGCAUGCUGGAUCAGAGCGGGCGGGUGAUCGAGGAAGGCCCGGAGCCCAAGCCGCAGCUGCCCGGGGAGAAGAGGACGUUCCGCGUGUGGCUCGACUGCAACCAGUACCGUCUCGACAUGGACAACGCCAACCAGGGCAAAGAGGAUGUGUACGAAACGUUCAACAUUCUGAUGAGGCGUAAGCCUAAAGAGAACAACUUCAAGGCAGUGCUGGAAACCAUUCGAGAACUCAUGAACACAGAGUGCGUUGUUCCUGAUUGGUUGCACGACAUCAUACUGGGCUAUGGCGAUCCCGGGGCUGCUCACUACUCCAGAAUGCCAAAUGAGAUUGAGACCAUGGAUUUCAAUGAUACAUUCCUUGAUAUGGACCAUCUACGUGCAAGUUUUCCUGAGCAUGCCAUCAAAGUGAACACCAAUGACCCUCGAAAACUGGUACCACCAUUCAGGCUUACUUUUGAAGAAGUUAAAAGUAAAAAGCGAGGUGCAGAUAGUCCUGAUGGAAAAAUUCUACAAAAAGUGAUUGUAGUGGAACCACACAUCAUCCCAAGUAGAGGCCCGUACCUGUUCAAUGAACCUAAGAAGAACGCCAUCCCCUUCACGCCCACCCAGGUGGAGGCGAUACGCGCCGGCAUGCAGCCCGGCCUGACGCUGGUGGUGGGGCCUCCCGGCACGGGCAAGACGGACGUGGCCGUUCAGAUCAUCUCCAACCUGUACCACAACUUCCCGACCCAGCGCACCCUCAUCGUGACGCACUCCAACCAGGCCCUCAACCAGCUGUUCGAGAAGAUCAUGGCGCUGGACAUCGACGAGCGGCACUUGCUCCGUCUGGGGCACGGCGAGGAGGCGCUCGAGACCGAGAAGGACUUCAGCAGGUACGGACGGGUGAACUACGUGCUCGCCAAGCGACUGGACCUGCUCACGGAGGUCCAGAGGCUGCAGGAGAGCCUGGACGUGGCCGGGGACGUGGCGUACACAUGCGAGACGGCUGGCCACUUCUACCUGUACCAGGUGCUGGCGCGCUGGGAGCGCUUCCUGAGCCGCGUCCGGCCGCGCGUCGGCAAGAUUGUUCCAGUGAAGACAGUAAAAGAGGAAUUCCCCUUCCACUGCUUCUUCGACAACGCGCCGAAGCCUCUGCUGAAAGGCCGCAGUUACGAGGAGGACAUGGAAAUAGCGGAGGGCUGCUUCCGCUACAUCCAGAAGAUCUUCACCCAGCUGGAAGAGUUCCGGGCGUUCGAGCUGCUGCGGAGCGGGCUGGACCGGUCCAAGUACCUGCUGGUCAAGGAAGCGAAGGUCAUAGCCAUGACGUGCACCCACGCCGCGCUCAAGAGGAGGGAGUUGGUUGAUCUCGGGUUCAAGUACGACAACAUCCUGAUGGAGGAGGCGGCCCAGAUCCUGGAGAUAGAGACGUUCAUCCCGCUGCUGCUGCAGAACCCGGAGGACGGCUACAGCCGCCUGAAGCGCUGGAUCAUGAUCGGGGACCACCACCAGCUGCCGCCCGUCAUCAAGAACAUGGCCUUCCAGAAGUACUCCAACAUGGAGCAGUCGCUGUUCACGCGCAUCGUGAGGCUGGGCGCCCCCACCGUCGACCUGGACGGCCAGGGCCGUGCGAGGCCUAGCAUCUGCAACCUGUACAACUGGCGCUACAAGAGGCUGGGCAACCUCUCGCACGUGGAGCAGUGGCCCGAGUACCGGGUGGCCAACCCUGGCUUCUGGUACGACUUCCAGCUGGUGAACGUGGAGGACUUCAACGGGGUGGGCGAGUCGGAGCCCAGUCCAUACUUCUACCAGAAUCUGGCGGAGGCAGAAUACUGCGUGGCGGUAUUCAUGUACAUGCGCCUGUUGGGGUAUCCAGCCGAGAAGAUAUCAAUUCUCACGACUUACAACGGUCAGAAACAUCUUAUACGUGAUGUCAUCAACAUAAGAUGUGCCACCAACCCACUUAUUGGUCGUCCUCACAAGGUGACGACCGUGGACAAGUACCAAGGGCAGCAGAACGACUUCAUCCUGCUGUCGCUGGUGCGCACCAAGGCCGUGGGACACUUGCGGGACGUGAGGAGACUCGUGGUGGCCAUGUCCCGGGCCCGCCUCGGUCUCUACGUGUUCGCCAGGGUCUCGCUGUUCAAGAACUGCUUCGAGCUCACCCCCGCCUUCAGCCAGCUAAUGGCCAGACCGUUGCAACUGUACAUAGCGCCGCAGGAGACGUACCCCACCCAGAGACUGUACACCAUGACACCGGCAGGAGAACCACUUGUCGUCGCAGACAUGGCACAGAUGGCCGCCUUUGUCUACGACUUCUACAUUCAGAAGGUGCAGGCGAUGAAGAGUGCUUUCUACGGUACGCAGAAGGUGUGGCAGAAACCCGGCACUCACAAGGGUGCAGAGCCGCAGCACUUCGUCUCACACCACCCAGGAGCCGAUGACGACACAGACAGCGAGGACGAGCAAGAAAGGAUAAAAGACGGUGUGGAAACAGCUACCGAUAAAGAUACCGAUGAAGCAACAAACAAGGAAUGAAUUAUCACAAAAGAGGUCUCGUUUUCUUGAUUUUUCAACAUCAAAUAUUUUAAUUGUUACUUUUUUUUACCAAAGAAAAAAUUAAAUACUAAUUUUUUUUAGUGAA